UUGAAACGCAACCAUAUCCAGAAAAUCCAGCCACAGUCAGUCAAUCCACUAAAUCCGCAGCGCCGCUCCGACAAAAACACACGCUUGAAGGACAACCCCUUGCAGUUUACGCAGACAGGUCCAUAAGCGAGUCUCCUGUUCUGCUGUGAAUUCACGGAGGACAGUUUUGGAGUUGAGUGCCCUCUGGGUCCAGCAGCAUUAAGAAAGAGCAGCGGCAACAGGAAGCAAGCUGGACGGGGGGGAGGUGAGGAAGGACGAAGGCGCCGACUUUGUCCUGAGACACAGAGUCUGUACCAGAAGUGAUACUACUGACCCCACCCACACUUCAGACGGCCCAGACACCAUGAGUGCCAGCGCAGAUCACCGAUUGGAAGGCCCCGCACAUAAUGGGUGUCUCUUUGCGAGGAGGGUGGUACAUGAAAAGGAGAAGGAAACAACUGAAAGAAAAGAGGAAGAAGAGGAUAAGAGCUCUGAUGAAGGCCUUUUGCUACAGGCGCACCAUGCCAUGGAGAGGAUGGAGGAGUUUGUGCACAAGAUGUGGGAGGGCAGAUGGCGUGUCAUUCCACAUGAUGUCCUCCCUGACUGGCUGAAGGAUAAUGAUUUCCUGUUGCAUGGGCACCGGCCUCCCAUGCCCUCCUUCAGAGCAUGUUUCAAGAGCAUCUUCAGAAUCCAUACAGAAACGGGCAACAUUUGGACACAUCUUUUAGGCUGCCUGUUCUUUCUCUGUCUGGGCAUUGUGUACAUGUUCAGGCCCAAUAUGUCGUUUGUGGCCCCGUUCCAGGAGAAGAUUGUCAUCGGUGCAUUCUUCCUGGGAGCCAUUCUCUGCCUGUCCUUCUCCUGGCUCUUUCACACAGUCUACUGCCACUCAGAGGGGGUGUCCCGUGUCUUCUCAAAGUUAGACUACUCGGGCAUUGCGUUUCUGAUCAUGGGCAGUUUUGUACCUUGGCUGUAUUACUCUUUCUACUGCUCCCCUCAGCCCUGUUUCAUAUACCUGAUAGUGGUGUGUAUCCUGGGGGUCGCUGCCAUCACAGUCUCACAGUGUGAUUUCUUCGCCACACCACAGUACCGUGGAGUCAGGGCUGGUGUGUUUGUGGGUCUGGGCCUCAGUGGGGUCGUCCCCACGCUGCACUUUAUGAUCACUGAGGGCUUCCUGAGGGCCACCACCAUGGGUCAGAUGGGCUGGCUGUUCCUCAUGGCCGUCCUGUACAUCACCGGAGCCUGCCUGUACGCUGCACGCAUCCCAGAGAGAUUCUUCCCUGGCAAAUGUGACAUCUGGUUCCACUCUCAUCAGCUGUUCCAUAUCCUGGUGGUAGCAGGUGCUUUUGUGCACUUCCACGGUGUGUCCAACCUGCAGGAGUUUCGUUACACAGCCGGAGGAGGCUGUGCAGAGGAGGGUGGAGCCUGAGCCCCGUGUCACCACUAGAGGGAGACAACGUCCCUCUUACCUUAGCCUCCAACAAGUGUUCCUCCUGCCCAUGAGGGGUAAACCUAAGAGGACAGCACUCAACGACAAAGAUACCCACCUUUAUUAUUUUUCUUUUUCCGUUUUUGGUUUGUUCUCUGUUUUGCCCCCUUAAAUAAAAUGCAUGGGAUAAGGUGGACACAGGUUGAGGGUGGCAGUUUGUGUUUCCUAGAUCAUACAUUGAUAAAGAAGAGGUUUUUUUGGCUUGGUCUAUUGCUGUUUGAUGGUCUAUUGCUUUGUACAAGAAAAAGAGUUAAACACAAAAAAAAAAAAAAAAAAAUCAAAAUGUGUGACCGUUUCUUGGGGUGGGCAGUUAGCAAUUUUAAACUUUUUUUUUUUUCAUGUAAAUAAGAUUUCUAAAUUUUGGGUUAUAUAGAUUUAUACGAAAAUAAAGAAAAAAAAUGUUUAAAAAAAUAAAAUACAUCAUUAUGAUUAUAUGGUUUAACGGAGGUAAAAGAGAAAACGUGGGACCGAUACCUGUGUGGUCUCGAGUCAGAAGCGGCCAACCAGACGCCUCGGUGUUCUGUUAUCUUAAGCACAGCUGUUAAGAUCAAAAAAUGCACCUGUAGGCCGGUGGGACGCCCUGCACACGAUAGAGCCGCUAGGAUUUAGCACUCACAUACUCCGCAGGCCUUCAGAUCGCUGUCAGUGCUGCUUCCUUCCACACAGAAGGCAGGUUUUCCAUCUUCUGAUUAUUUCUCUCUCUGUUCUUGUUUUAUUCAUCUUUGUGAAUGUUGACUUCUACCUGAUUUAAGAAAAGAAAAGAAAAAAAAAAAUCAACAAAAGCGAGAACACAGAAUCAUACUCGAGCAGUGCAAGGAUGUAUUCGUUGUGUAAUGUUCUGUGUUCACCAUCUGUACGCAAUAUAAUUUAUUAAAGUUUUCAUGGAAACAUUACAACAAGCUGUAAUAUUCCACAUUUCCACAUGAGCAAUGUUUGUUCUAUCAGAGAUUUUUACAUGCAUUGAUAUUUAUUUUAAUUUUAAAAUAAAGAAAAAACACUUUAACUUUC